AUGAAGAAAUAUUUACAAAGUAUUAAUGAUACAGAAUAUUUUCAAGAAUUAAGUUCUUACACAGAAACCUUGGCAAAAAUUCUGGUCUAUAGUGAAAAUGUUUUUUAUCAGCAAAUUUAUGUCAUUGCUGAACUUUGUGGACAUUUGAUUAAAAAAUUCUACCAACUAAGUGCUUUGAACAAAAAUAAUGUAUUGAACUCAAUUCUCAACACUUUUGUUCACAUCAGUAAAUUGAAACAAAAUCAUCAAAAUGAAUAUUUUAAACAUUUUUUGAAAGAAGCCAUUUUAUGGUCGUGCUCUCACACUCUACUCAUUGAUGUGGAUGUACUACAAGAAUUGCAGAAUCUUUCAGAACCACCUAUAUGUCAUAAAAAUUACCUCCCAUUGUGGUAUUCAAUCUUUGACAUUGAAAAUAAGAUAAUGCAACCCAUAAAUUAUACUUUGAUUGAAGAAUUUAUAGCUGUAAUAAUUCAUUUUAUAGAAAAACUUAAUCUGAAUUUAAAAACUCAAGACUGUAAUGAUCUAGUUGGCACACUUGUUUCACAAAAAGCUGAAAAUGGAACAGAUUUCAGAUUUUUUAUUAAUUUAGUUGAUCUGUGUAAAGAUGUGUAUGAAAAGAUUGAAGGUGAUUUGCUACAAGACUAUAUAGAUGGGCUCUUAGUAAAUUUUAUUCAGUUUUCUUACAAAAAUCCAUUGAUUUCUGGUUUCUACAAAUUAAUUGAAGUCAUAUUUAAAAAAUGUGAUACUUCUAUUGAUAUAAGUAAAAUACUGAGUCACUCAACUUAUGAAUCAACAUCACGUUAUUUAUUGGAUACAUUAAAAUUAGUACACAGUUUUCCAGGUGAACUUCAAUUUUCUUGUGUCUCAUUGAUUUUGAGUGCACCAGUUGCUUUAAUUGAAAAUUAUAUCAAAGAUACAGUUCAGUUAUUUGAAGUAGCUUUCAAAAUGGGCUUAAAUGACUAUUCUAUUGCACUUAGUGCCCUAAAUGCAUUAGAAAACUGGAUAAAAAAAGUAGACUUUUCUGAAAAUUUCCUGAAACUCAUAGUUAAUUAUACAGAACCAUACUUUUUAAUAUCAGAAAUAACAAAUGAUAAACUCCAAUCGCUGAACUACUCUGCCACAGAAAGCAAUCAAACUCUAAAAGAAGUGCAAAAAAAGAUAUUGCUUUUUUAUGGCUUGAUUGACUCAAGCAUAAUGAUUGAUUUCAUUCACGAAAAGUCUAUGCAAACAAAUGCCACCUGGACAAAAAAACAAGCUCUACCAAGUGAAAUAGUCCUCCCGGAUACAAGCUUAGAAGUAUAUUUGGACAGAUUACUCCCGAGAAUCGUACUACUCACGAGUUGCGAAGAUCAUAAAACGAAAAUUGCUGCUUGCGAGUUGCUGCACGCGAGUAUAAGUUUAUUUUUGGGGAAAAAUAUCUUAUUUAAGUGUUUCGACGACAGAUUAUGUUCCGUAAUACUAAAAUUGAGCUGCGACUCCGAUGAAGCGAUUAAAAGCAUUUAUUACUUAUUAUCCAUUCAACUGGCUCAUUAUUUCAGCUCGCGACUGGCCAAGGACUCGUGUGCAAGUGAUGUUUUUGUCGACUCUCUGUUCGACGGUUUGAGCGAAGAGUUUGACGUAGGAUAUCGAGACCACUGCGGCUUGUACUUAAAAGAGUUCACGCUCUGGUCAAUGAAACAGUCCACUGAGAGCGAAUUGUUCGAUUUGCAAAAGGUUGUCGAGAGAAUCACCGGAUUGGCUGGUCAACCAUCGAAGAAGCGGGUAGUGGCUGCGGCAGUGGCGUUCAAUCAGCUUCACAACGUUUUACAGGGAAACUCCAACCUCGUUAGCAAUUACUGGCUCGACUUCUUUUAUGUCUUCGUCAAAAACCUCGGGGAUUUCGACAAUGCUCACAUUAAAUCUGCGCUGGACCACGUGGUCAAUCUUGUAAAAAAAAGAUCCAAACUUUUUAGCGAAAAAUGUGCGCGAAGAAAAAAGCCUGUGGAAUUUACAGAUGAAACUUUGCCGAGUGCACAGCCAUGUAAAUUUGGAUUAAAUACUGGUAUUUUAGAAGUUUCGGAAAAGUUAACUUCCUCGCUGAAAAAUUUGUUCGUCAAGAUGAAACGCUACUCUAACUGUAUUGCGGCUAAUUGUUGCAAAGAAUUUAUACAAUUCAUUAAUACCUACAGCUCGAAGUUGUUGAAUGUCCGAGAUAUCUAUGAUAAAAAUGAAGAUACUUUCAUAUGUCACCAAUUCAUCCACGGCUUGAUAAUUCUAAAAGACUGCAAAUUCCUCGACUUUGAAGCCCAGACUACCUUCAAAUCUGGUCUCUUGCAGAGUACAAUUCUCGAAAUUUUUGAGUUGGCUAAGUCACCAUUUUUAGACAUGAAUACCUGCACGAAAUUCGAUCACAACGUACUCGAGUAUUUCCGAAUGUUCAUCAAGUUUUCACUCAGAGCAUACGAGACAACUACGGUUGAGCUACUGAUAAGAACCAUAAAGAAUGACUUGAUCCUGGACAAGCCUAGUGGCAUUCAAAUAAGUCAUGGCAAUUAUUUUUUGGAGCUUUAUAAAAAUCUCAUUUUUGAUUACUUUUUAAUGUCACCCCAACAAACGAUCAGCAUAAUCGAAGAUAAUUUGUCCGAGUCUCCCGACAAAAUAUUCGAUUUGAUCGAAAAAUGGCUUCAACACACCGAAAAAUUGAAAGCAUCGUCUAAUACGGAAAAGUUGUCGGAGGCCGUUUGCGAAAGAUGCAAGUCCUUGCAUCGGCUGUCAAGCUCUAGCCAUGUUCGGCGCGAUGCUCUGUUUCGCAUUAAUAAGCUAGCCAUUGGAUUGAUGAUUGAUCCCAGACGAGCUCUCAAGCUCAGUAACGGAGCGCCGUCCGAUCUGAGCAAAUGGAUCAUGGAUGAGCUCGUGCAAUCUGGAAACUUUGAAACGAAAAGCGAGAUUUUACAAACUUUUCUCAUCUAUUUGUGUAGCGUAGAUGAAGAAAAUCCCGAGUUGGAAUUGAUUUUGCGACAGCUGAGGGACAACGAUUACAUGGCUUGGCUGGAAAAGCUGAAAAACGACGAUUUAGCAAGACAUCGGGCUUCCGCGUACUUGAAAAUCAUGCUCGAGGCUCUGACCAGUACAAAGUCUCCGCUUAUUUUUCGAGUUUUAAUGAGCUACUUGGCUGGUACAUCGAGCCUAUUCGGCAUAAAGAAUCUGCGCGAAGUUUUGAGGCUGUUCUAUACCGAUCGCGACGAAAACACUGCCUUUCAAUCGCUCGUACACGUUUACGAGUCUUUCUUGAAUUUAAAGCAGAGUCAAGAGAGAUGGGACAUUCUGCGGGAAUUUCUGUUGCCUUCUAUCGAGUUCAACACACCUCGAGUCGUGCUCAAGUUUUACGAGGACAAGUGUAACGAGAUGCUAAGUCACGUGAGCGCGCGCCCACAAAACAUGUCCAACGAGCAGGACAGAAUCAGAACGAUGAUCAGCAUGACUGGCUGCUACAAUUUAUUCGAGCUCAUGCUAGUGAAAUUUGAUUUGCCUGCGCUCGAAUUCGGAGUUCCAGCGAAGCCGCUGAAUCGACUGCUUGUCCAGCACUCGGUGCAAAUACGCCAGCUAAGCGCGUCGAACGAUCGAGAGAAGGAAGCCACGAGACUACUGCUGUGCGCUGCCCUCAAUUGUUGCACGGCGAUCGUCUGUCUGCGAAAAGAUGAGAAAUUUUACAAGUUUGUGUUCGCCGACAAGCUCAUCUGGGACAAAAUCGUCGACUCCGAUCGGGUCUACGGCUCGAGCAGGCCAAGCUCGAGGCAGCUACAAGGAGAGCGCCGAAAACUCGUCAACAUUCGCAGAGGAGCCGAUGUCGCGGCAGCGUCCGAUCGCGACGGAUUUAUUUCGCAGCAAGCGAGUUUGGCAGGCCUCUCGUUGCUCGAAAACGUACACGCCUAUGACUUGAACGACGCGAGACUCGUCUCGGCGGCCUCGUCGUCGGCCGAUCAGAGACUGUCCAUGAGCUUCGAGUCGGACGAGUUGAACGAACACGAGUGCAUGCCCAUGCUCAGCGGACUCGUGAUAGAUUUGUUCAACAGUCAAGUGGCGAAGCUGCCGCAGCCUACGGACGACGUCUCGGAGGAGCGAAUGCCCGAGUGGCUGCGCGCCCUGCGCCUCGGUCUCUCGGCUUGUCGCAGCAACAACGCGCGCCUCUUUCUUCUGCGGCUGUUGGCCAACGCCAAAGGGGCUUUUCUGCCUUACAUGGCUUGUCUGCACCUGGCGCUGUUGGACUUGCUCUGCAACUACCUGGCCACGAGUCGAAGCAUUCAUCGUUUGGUGCGCGACGCCGUUGUCAUGCUCGUCGAGGCUGCCCAUCGACCCCAAGACUCCAAAUCUCUGGAAUCGGCUCGCAAACUCAUCGAGCUAUUGCUCAAGCGUUCUCCGGACGAUCAACUCUUGCUGUACGAGUACAAUCUGGAGUUGAUCGAAGCGCUUUACGCGCACUGGGGCGUGGGCACUUGUCCGCGACUCGAUUUUCUCGUGCAAUUGGCGAAGGACGACCCGGAUCUCGGGGUUCGCGCUUUGGCCUUGCUACUGCGCGUCGACUCUUCCGUCUGGUCUCGGCUCCGAAGCGUGCAACUGCUCAGAGAUCACGUAUCUCUGGUGUUGCAAAACCGAUGGACCGAACUCGAGACCGGACCGGAGCUGUUGCGGGGCUUCGAGGCCCUUGGCUAUCAGCUACGCUCGACCGACGACGUGCAAGCGACGCAGCUCAACUGGCUCGAGUCGCUUCUCCGCGACAUUCAGCGGCGCAACGUCGACCGAGCCGCCAGAUGCGCCAUCGCCCUCUAUCGCUCCUGGGCCAACGAGGAGCUUGCGGGAAGCCUGGCUUCGAGUUACGCCUGCCCGCGCAACGCCAAGAUCAGCGACUCGCGACGAGCCGACUGCCUCGAGCUGCUGCUGCUGCGCUUGGAAUACGGAAUGGAAGCGUCUCCGGCGAUCGAGGCGCUCGAGAAAUCUCUCACGGAUCACUGGCUUGGCUGCGAUCUGGUGGCUCUCAAAUUGCUGCGUUAUCUAUUGCAAAAGCCAUUCGGUGCAAUUUCAGCUCUCGAUGCUUCGAUGAAGAAGGCCAAGACUCGCCUCGACUCGAAUCACGACGUUGCCGUCAGGCUCGCCGCGUUGGAGUGCUUUGUCGCCGGAGCCGAGCUGAUGCCUCAAGUCUGCCUGCCAAUUCUGGUGGAACAAUUGGGUGACGAAACUUUACCUCUUCAGCUUCUCACGGUUAUCCUAGAAUAUUGGUCGAAAUUAUACGACAAGUCCGGUGUCGAGUUCUUGAUUCAGUUGCUUGAACUUUUGUCGAGACACGCUCCGAGAUUCGGAGCCACUCGGACUCUUGUAUUAGUAAUACUCUCAAUGACGUCGAAAGCUCGAGACGCCUUGAAACCCAUGUGUCGACAAGCUCUGGUAGAAGGAGCUCGCUUCGAAAACUACGAGGUGCCCCGAAGCUUACGUCGAUCUGGUGCGAGCGCCAGAAGAGGCUUGGGAUCGAUUGCUCCACUAUUUGUACCUUCGCUGGCCAGUCAGCUCUACCGGGAACAGGCCUUGUCGGCCACUCUACCUAGUCACGCGAGUUUGCGUGUCCUCGCCACGCAAAAUGUCGAUAUCGGGACCUCGUUUACAACGCAAUUUGAAAACAGAAACGUCAUGCCAGAGCCGUCGCAAAAUCAGUUGUCUCGGCGAGAACCUGCUGCUCAGUCAAGAGCAAAGCCACUCGGUUCGGUAGUUGAAUUACAGCGUCGCUACAGAAUCGGCGAAUAUCCGGAUGUCGAGCUGUCCUACGAAAGCUAUGCCACGUGUCUGCGUCAAGUAAUCGUAAGAGAUCGAGCCUUUUGCCAAAAUUUAGCCGUCGAGCUGCUGCUAGCCGUGGCGGAAGUCUUGAAGCGCCCUAGCCAAAACUCCAUGGAGAGCGCUACCAACCGUCUCUGGGAUCGAUUUGUCUCAGCUGCGUUGCAAUUGCAGCGAGAUCGCGCCUCUUCUGACCUGGCACCUGUUCUUUUAGAAAUAGGCCUAAGAACGAGCGAAGACCGACUAUUGGAGUUUGAGAACGUUGCCAAAUCCUGUCUCCGAUCGGAUGAACCGAAGCAUCUGGGCUUACUGUCUUUGGAGCGCAUCGCAGAACGCUUGGAAGAGAAAGAUCAAUCGGAGCAGAAUGAGCCACCAGCCAGUAAACGACCGCGAGUACAAAAUGUCGAACGAGAUGUCUGGCUUCGACUGUCGAGUACGUUGAAAAGCUUAGGUCAGUCGAAUGUAGCAGAUAACUUGACGGCUCACGGCGAUUGGGCGCCGCAAUACUUACGCGAAGCUGCCUUGGCAUCCAUAGCAGAGGACUGGUUAGAGGCCCGCAAAGCCUACGAAAAAGCUCGAGAAAUCGAAUUGGAGCCUUUAGUGCAGGAGCACUGCUUCGAUGGUAUGAUAGAUAGUCUCGUUCGGCUGUCGGAUUGGCCUAGAGCCGUUCGAUGCAUCGACGAACGUGUUGGUCUCCGAGAAACCUGGAAACAAGAGACCCAAGAAGCAAAGCAGUUAUUACCGCGUCUUUUGCUGGCUCAGCUCAUGUCAGCUAUCGAUGACAAUGUCAAUGGCAGAUCCCGGCAGAGUCUAGCUAAUCAGAUCGAAUCAUCGAUCGAACGUGACCGACUGCUAAGGUACAUGUCCGAGUACGGCGAAGAAUUGAGUAUUCUGCACGUUUGCGACGAUGACGCUCAGGCCGGCGCGACGCGCAUUACCAGCUGCUUAGACUUGAUGCGAGCUCGAUGGUUGCGCAUCAGUCCUCUCCUCGAGUAUUCGCGCCUCGAGUCACAUCUCAAACUACGUCGCUUGCGCGAUAUCGACGCUUUUCUGGCAGCCUAUCAAGCUGGUGAUUGUGAAGAAGCUGUCUUCAAACUCAUUGCUUAUUGGCGUCGCUGCUGUCCAGCUAACGAGAAACAUUCUCAACUCGGCAACGCUAGUAGGAUCAUGCAAUAUCGACAGCUUUUUGUUAACCAGUUAUAUCACAAACUUGAGGAUGACGUUGAAUCAGAAGAUUGUUGUAAACAGGAUCUGUUAUUGACCAACAUCGAUCUACAAUUAAGCGCGAGCAAUUUGGCAAUCCAGCUGAAAAACAAAAGUGUGGCCAAGAAACAUUUCGGUUUUGUCGAAAAACUCAUUGAUAGCUGCUCCAAAAAAGAUCAGUUUGGGGGUAAUAGGCGUUUCCAACAAUUCACUGAGGAGCUCGAGCUGUCAGCUUCAAGGUUCAAGUUUAUGUACGCUCAAAGCGAAAAGCGAUUGGAGAAAAGCUGUAGUUAUUAUGUAAAAUCUUGGAUGAUUGUUAAGGAUCUUUUGGCCAAGUCCUAUGAAUCUAAUACAGUUCCUAAAGAGUCUCGCUAUCAUUUAGCAAAUAUCUCGUCAGCUCUUCGUCGAGUCGUUCAAAAAUAUCCUUCCGUCAGCGAUAUGCUAAUCAGCGACAAUUUCGUGGCAGAAUGUCUAAAUGUCAGCGAUGCAGGCCAAGUACCCGCAGCCCUGGAACGAUACGCUUUCGACAAUCUCAAAUAUGUCUGCGAAUCCGGAGCUAGUGAAAGUUUUGCCCUAUUCGGAAAAUAUUGUUACGAGCUACUGCAGUCCCCUUCGGAUCGUCAUGAUGAAAUCCGAAAGUGUUUCGUUUCUUCGAUACUCCAAGGUAUGAGCUUCGGCUGCUUGGAGUCGGCCCAUUAUUUUCCAUGUUUGCUGAAGAUUGCCCACGAAACGGAUUGCGAACAAGCCGAGACCUUUAACGAGCUAUACCAACUCUUCGUAACGGGCGUCGAGAAAGUGCCCAGUUGGCUUUUUCUCAAUUGGCGAUCACAGCUCAUGUCUUUUGUCGUCGACGAUCGAUUGUCCAACCUAAUUUUGCCGCUAAUGCAGAGGCUCAUCGAUGAUUAUCCAAACGCACUUGUUUACUCUUUUUGGCAAAGCUUCAAACUUGUACCAGAACUUGCUAAUCGAUCAGAAAUUCAGCGGAUGUAUAAUCAACUGAUGAGCAAUGAAUCGAUGAAAAGCUUUAUCGAAGCAAUUUGCCGGGUAUGUUUACCCGAAAAUUUCCUGUUACAUCAUUUGCGGACAGUAUGUGAAUCGUCGCCAGAAAAUUUCUCUCGCUGUUUCGAGGCUGCUUUUUCCGAAAUUUCUCCUACACGAUCGCGCGCAACAGGUUUGCUUUUCGAACAAGUGCUAACCGAUUUCCGACAAGAUAUUGAUGAAUUACGCUGUUCAAACUAUCACAACUAUAAAGAACGUUUUGCUGAACUCGAGACCAAGCUUCGUAAAUCCAAGGUCAAUCGACUUAGCAAAAAGCAAAGUCUUCAACUUGUAGAACUUUCUUCGUACUUUGGAAACUUUUCCGACUAUGAUAUCGAAGUUCCUGGUCAGUAUAAGCCCGACCGCAAACCUAUGCCACGUUAUCACGCGAAAAUCGCUCGGUUCGACCGAUAUGUCACGCUCAUGGAAUCGCAGUUCAACCCGUGCAAAAUCAAUAUCAUAGGCAGUGAUUUCAAAACCUAUAGUUUUCUCAUAAAAUUCGGAGAAGAUUUACGUCAGGAUCAAAGACUGCAACAAAUAUUUACUAUUACCAAUAAAAGUCUACUAAACGAUCUUCGUUGCAGAGAAAGGCAUUUAAAGAUCAACACGUAUGAAGUGCUGCCGAUCACCAACGACUUGGGACUAAUUCAGUGGAUCGAUAACGCCAAAACUCUAAAAGAGUUCAUUAAUUUCUCCGCGUUUAGUGACUCGAGAAAACUCGAAGAGGCCAGUUGGCAUUAUAAAAACUGGAUCGAUCGUGCUAAUACUACAAAGAUCCAUUCGAACCCUUACAAAGCAGCCAUGUUGAAGUACAGUGACGAAGAAACUAGAGCUAAGAUGACGCUGAUAUUAAAAUCGCUUGAUGUCGACUACUUGAGGAAGACUUUCUUUUUUCUUAGCGAUUCGCUCGAGUGCUUUUUGACCCUGAGGGAUAACUUUGUAACCAGUUACGCCUCAAUGUGUUUGGUGCAUUGGCUGACUGGGAUCGGAGAUCGACACUUGGAGAACACGAUGAUCUGCGUGAAAACUGGACAAUGCUUCGGGAUCGAUUUUGGACUUGCUUUUGGCGCAGGAAUCGAUCAGAUGGUGCCAGAACUAGUACCAUUCCGUCUGACACCUCAAAUACAAAACUUUUUAAAACCUUACCUCCAACACGGUAAUUUUGAUAUAAGCAUGAGCAAUGUUUUGCGAGCUCUGAGAAAAGAACGAGCUCCGAUAUUGGCAUGCCUCGAUGUUUUUAUACACGAGCCUUUCGAUUGGCGAAUACGUCUUAACAAAGCUAUGAAAGAGAAAUAUAAUCAAGAAACAAGUGUCAAAUGGUUGCCAGCCAGCAAAAUAGAUGUUGUCAAAAAGAAAUUGGCUGGAUGUAAUCCAUCAAAAAUAAUGUUGGAAGAAUUAAAGUGUUCGCACUUUGGGAACUGUGAUGAAAAUAAUGAAAAAGAACUUUUUCAGAGAUAUCAAAGUGUUAUACUUGGAACUAAUGACAUAGCAGCUACCAAUCCAGCGAGUUACAUGGAAGAGGAUAUUUUGACAGCUGAGCAACAGGUCUAUGCUUUGAUUAAGCAAGCAAGAGAUUUGAAUGCCUUGGGCCGAAUGUAUGUAGGCUGGCAGCCUUUCUUAUGA